AUGGCUGAUGAAGAAUUACCGCAGGCAUCUGAUUCAGAAGUAAAAAGCCCUGGAACCCUUGCACAAGCUAGGAACGUCAAUGAUGUCGAAGACGUCGAUGAAGUCGAUGAUGAGUUCGACGAAAACGACGAUAAUGGAGAAGACUAUGAAGCUACAUUGGAUGAAGAAGAGAGCCUAGCUCAAGAAGACUAUGAGGACGAACUCAAAGACCUCGAGGAUGAAGGUGAAAUGUCCAUCGAAGAACUCCGGCGUAAAUAUGGCUAUCCAGCAGAUGCAGAACCUGCAGCUAACCCGGAUUGUUCUGAAGACUUGGCAGCAGCAAUGCGUGAGGCAGAAAAUGAGUCUGAAGCAGAAAUCGAAGAUGAAACUGAAACAGAGACAGAAGAUGGUGACUACGCUCCUCCGGACAUGUUCAAAAGACAACAACGGAUACUUUUAACUCAAGCUGAAAUUCCGGAGUUCAAAGGAGACUGUGACGAUGAGGCAGAAGACCGUGUGAUACCAAUGUGGCUACCAUCAACUAGUUUAAGUGAUUCGGAUAUCAACGACUUUCUCAUUGGAGUACGGAAAUAUAGAACGGACACGGACGCCACACGUGAUCUUAAAGAAAACCAGUUCCGAGACGAAGAGAAAGCUUUGUAUGCUCUGAUGAUGAACAAGUACGAUUUGAAUGUCGCGAGGGAUUGCAUCAAAGUCAACGGUUUUCCCAAAGUUGCAAUUCCUGAGAGAACUAUUAGUGCGAACGCCGCCAGAUUCACAGAAGAGGAACAGGAGGUCUUUGUUACAGCUUUAUUAGAAAUAGGAAAAAAUUUCUCCGAAGUUCAAAAACAAAAGAUGUCAUAUCGUCUAGUUGGAGAACUGGUGGACUAUUAUUACAAAUGGAAAAGAACUGGAAGUUAUCGAGAAUAUCGUGAACGUAUAUUAAAUGGACCUAAUCCAUCUACUGCUGCUGAAAACUCUAACGAAAACAGCAAUGAAGAAGAACUUGAGAAAAUAUUCUAUCAAUUCGCCGAGGAGCCUCCUAGUUCUAACUGUACUCCUCGUUCGAACGAUCUCCAAAAUGAUUAUAUCACACCUAACGAUCUCUCCACCCCUAAUCAAAUAUUUGAGAAUGACAUGAUUAUCCCCCAGGGAUUAAUAAUUCCCAAUGAUCUUUUACUUCGAAAUCCAAUUUCUGAAGCCAACUCUCUUGGUUUAGGAUCGGGAGAUGCUAAUAAUCACAAUGAUAGUAAAUCAAAUUCCUGGGAGCCCAUCUCCCCUAGUGAAGCUGCUAACCCUGAAGCUCAUGGCUAA